AUUAACAGUAGUUCCACAAUGUGUGGAUUGUGAGUAGUUCAUUUGUGAACUUUUUAACCUCGAAUAUGAAAGUGCAUUAAUUCGAAAAGGUGAAAAUAAACACUUCCUAAUUCCUGUUAUCAGUAAUGUAGUUUUAGUGAUGUUGUAAACUACAAAUUAAUUACAAUACCAUGGCUUCAAUGUUGCAAGUAAUUCUUGAUGAAAUAUGUCUUUUGUUGGAAACUUACAGAGGAAGAGAUAAGGUGUUAAGAACAUUAUGUUAUACUACAAAACUGGUGGGUGGAAUACACAAAAAUAAAAGUUUUGCAAAAAAGUUACUGCAAUUUAGCAGUCAAAUGUCAGGAACUAGAGCCACAUUGAGACUAUUGGAUGAUUUACCUAUGUUACAAUACAAUUUACAAUACCAGUUUGGACAUGAGGAACCUGAUAAAUAUAUGGCCCAAUUUGGUGUUCUCACAAACAUAAUCGAUCAAGUUUAUUACCCCAUUGAAAAAAUUUCUUGGUUAGCAGAGCAUAAACUUAUUACAGGAGUUGAUAAUAAUAGGUGGGAUUCAUUGAGUUCCAUUUGUUGGGUUGCAUCAAUUUAUUUAACUUUGUUAAAAUCUCUACGAUACCUUUCUGUCUUACAGAAAAAUAAGUACAAUAAUAAAAAGGAUAAUAGUAUUCCUUUGGAGAAAAUGAAUAAAAUGCAAAUAUUUGAAAUUUUGACUUCUAUUCGACUCACUAUGGAUUUGGUUCAUGCCAUUAAUACUUUGCCACAAGGAUUCUUAUGGUCAUCAAAAUUAUCCACUUGGCAAGUUGGUUUGAUUGGUUCAAUGUCUUCUGUUUUAGGUAUUUAUCAAAUUUUUUAUAAGAGAAAAAUUGUUUAAUAUUCCUGUUAUAUUUUACUUUUAUAUAUGGUUGUUAAAUUUAUUUAUAUAUUGGUUAAUUGUUU